UUAAGAAAUUAUAAAAUGUAUACUGUCUCCAAAGGCCCCAGCAAGAUAGUUGCUAAAACGCGCAGAGGCCUAUCACAGAAUUUAGAAAGAUUAGACAGCCGCAAGGACCACAACAGGAAGUCUUCAGAGCCUGACAAUGGAGAAAUUAUCAGUAUGCCAAAACCUAUUUUUCAUUCCAAUGGCAAAAAGACAGUACACCAGAGGAUACAACACAAUGUGAUCACUCCACAGCAUGAAGAAAUGAUCAGAUUUAUUAGUGAAACGUGGACGCAAGCAGCAAAUGGAGACAGUGAACCCACAACCCCCACCAAUGGCAGUAUUGCAUCUGGCAGCUCAUCCCCUGCACCCUCCUCCAACCUGUACUACCAAGAUGAUGCACCCAGCCCUUGCCUGCAGGAUUUCAAGCCCUUCGACCUUGAAACCUGGUGGGGAAAGCGACUCUUCCAAAACAUCACCAAUUCGCUCUGAGUACAGCAAGCCACGUUGCAAAAACCGUGGCUCUCUCCGAUAGCGUAAGUCACAAUCAUCUGUAGUUUACUGAGUUUCAUCAUAACUAAGGUAAAAGAACACAUUUUCAUCAUUUAUGAUUUAAUGUACAGGAUGUACAUACCAAUAAUAUUGAACACUUUGAUCUUGAUGCGAGACCAGGAUUUCGUAUGAUAAUUUUGAUUAUCAUGUGAUAACCAACAGCAUUCCGAAAUUUUGUUCUUAAACAUCUAAUAGAUGUACAAUAUAUUAUUUUAAAUUGUACAUCAGUACAAACAUUGCUGUUUCAUUAAUUUUCAAAAUAAUUAUCGGCAUUUUGUGAAAAAUAUUUAGACUAAGAAUGUUGGCAUUUUUUAAUAAAUACAUAUAACAUGACUAUAGAAUGUAUGUCCUGUAUUCUGGCAAAUUAUUGAAGUUUUA